AUGGCAAAUCACAAUUCCUUAGGCCUGAGAAGCAAGUUAUCCGUCCCCGUAGCCUCUGUCAAACCAGCUCCCACAAACUCCCCCGCCUUGAAGGCCGGUUCGAAACCGUCUCCCAAGCUCUCCUCUCCCUACCAGUGCUCGCUAUCGCUACGAACGGUGAUCGGUACGACGACAUCCAAUCCACAUGGAUUUUCCUGCCACGAGCCGAGUCGAACAUUUGCUUUGUGCGCUGGAUCAGCUGCCGUUUUGGCGGAGUUGGACGAGGAGUUGAAUAUCUCUCAGCGAUUCUUCCGCGCCCGCCCUUCCGCCACAGGGAUCAAUGCCAUACCGUCCUACUACAACAACACCUCAACCCCUCCCACCACCCCAGAUACACGAUCGAAAACCCUUCAAAUUCCUUCAAGAGCAGCUAACGGCGGUUCGUCCACAAAUUCUCCAAAUGACUGGGGAGAGCCUAGCUCUCCGCGAACUUGGAGCUCGCGAGAGAGAAUCAAAGCUGUUACUAGUGUAGCUCUGAGUCCAAAUGGCAGAUUCCUAGCCACUGGCUACAAUCCCCGGGUUCUUAUCUUCUCAACUGCGAACGAUUUCCCAUCAGACACCCCCCUAUCGGUCCUAGCAGAGCAUAGUUUUGGGGUACGGAGCCUUGCAUUCAGCCCUAAUUCCCAAUACUUGGCAACUCUAGGUGAUAUCAAUGAUGGGUUUCUUUUCAUCUGGGCUCUGAACCUGAAAACUGGGGCAGCCAGGCUACAUUCAGCGAACAAGUGCACUUCAUUUAUUCGAGACAUAUGCUGGCUUGGAAACAAUCUUAUCACGGUUGGUGUACGGCAUAUCAAAGUUUGGCGACUGGGUGAUGGGGCGCCAAAUUCUCCGACGAAAGCCAAACCCAAUUCCGAUUCUUCGACACUUUCCGCCAAUCUAGGACCUAUCGCCUUACCUGGAAGGAAUUGCCUAUUGGGCAACUUGAGAGAGAGCGUCUUUACCUGUAUCUCAACAAUUUCUGACAACGAGGCUAUUGUUUGCACGGAUACCGGUGCUAUUUGCCUCCUAGACGACACCACAGGACAGCAGAAACUCCACUUCAUCAAAAAUUUAAACAUAGGCGUUUCGUCUAUAGCUGUUGACCGCGAAACUGCAGUUGUUUGGUUUGGCUGUCGGGACGGAGCCUUUCAGCAACUUUCUACAGAAGACCUGAAAGUCUCGAGUUCGGGUUCGGUUCCAACCCCAAGCACAGAAACGCCCGAGUCACCCAAAUCGAAAAACCCACCAACUGUUUCCAUGGGAAUCGUUUCGAAUCACAUGGUUACAGUUGAUUCUACCCAUGCUAUUCGGGUUUAUCCCUUGGUUUCGCCGAAUAUAGCUCAGGUUACCCAGGGCGUGGACCUUUUAGCACACAAAGACUCCAUUUUAGGAAUCAGCGCCAUUACUGUACCUACUCCACAUUCUGGUGCUCAAUUUUUCACGUGGUCAUGUACCGGAGCUGUUAGCUUUUGGGAUUUAGAGGGAAAAUGCCAUGCUACUCGAAGAGUGGAAAUAGAACAACUUGCUGGUAACGAUGAUGAGCCAAAUGAGCUAAAGGUUUUACGAACAACCGAAGAUAUGAAAAUGUUUGUCUCGGGAGACAAGACGAUUACCGGCGAGCCUUGGGGCUGUAAACAUAAUGUCAGAGCACAUGCUGGAGAAAUCACAGACAUUGCAAUACACUCUAAUUCGGAGCUACGCCUAAUCGCUACUUGUGGCCGGGAUAGAAUGGUUCAGGUUUUUCAAGAUACUGAAGAGUCAUUCGAUUUGAUCCAAACCAUGGAUGAACAUGUUGCCGCUGUCGGUCGACUCUUGUUUGUAAAAGAUGGCGAGAAGCUUUUAUCUUGCUCUGCUGAUCGUACAGUCAUCAUACGGGAACGUGUGGUCAGAGAGGGCGAUCAGACUACUCUGGCAGCAUUUUUCUUAUCGAAAGUCAUAACCUUGAAAGCAUCGCCUAUCUCAAUGACGAUUCCACCAGACUAUACGGAUACGCUUAUUAUAUCAACCAUGGACAGACAAAUUCAUAGAUACGAUAUCCCUUCGUGCCGUCUUCUUCACUCGUUCAAAGCUGCUGAUCUAGAGACGAACGAUACCGUGGUUAUGAGCUCUCUCACUGUCGGAUCUGAAACCGCCGAAUCAAGCCCCAAGCUUCUAGUUGGGGUGUCAACAACGGAUAAAUCAAUCCGAGUAUAUGAUUUAUCCAAAGAUGCCCUUUUAACACGGGAAUUUGGCCACACGGAGGGUGUUAGCGAUGUGGUUCUUAUUGAAACGCAUCAGGGAGAUGCAAUUAAAAAGACUUUGGUCAGCACUGGACUAGACGGAAUCAUUAUGAUUUGGGAUUUGACAGUCCAACUGCAAUCACUGCUACAAGAUACCACAAAUUCCUUCGUACGGCCAGAAUAUGAGACACCAAGCAAAGAGCUAACAGCUAGUAAGCCACCAUUGCGGCGAAUCUUAUCACGCAGCGAGCUUGCCGGAUUUCAGAAACUAGAUAGCCCGUCACCGUGUCCAAGGACUCGAGAUCCCUCCCCACCGCUCACUCGAAGAAGGGUUUCGAGAUUUACCCUAUCUCACCCUUCAAAGCACGGUAAUGGGGUUACUACCUCUACAAUUCCCGUGCCCUCGACGCGUCGAUCUCCAACUUUCUAUUCGGACUCUAACGGCAGAAAACGGGGUGAAGGUUCCCUCUCUCCUCCUAGCCCAAAGUCACUCACUUCCCGGACCCUGAACACAAAAAAUAGCCAUACAGAACUCCGCCGACCCUCUAUGGAUUCCCGGCGCUCGAAAACCAGCGGGAAUACAAGUGAAUUCGGCAGCCUCAAUAUGUCCACCGAACAAGUUUGCCGCACUCUUCGAGCGUACAGGAAGAAACUCCACGGAUCAAGCGAUCAUCUCUACUCCGCCAAUGAGCUUGAACGGGAGCUGGAACUCACCGUUCGAGCCCUGAGUGAGCGAAGUAAAAGGAGCCAAACAAGCGAAGAUUCCACGGACUCUGAUAGCAGUAAAUUGAUUCCUCCAUUACCCUCACGGCCCGUACGACUUGCCCGUCGGGUCCCUUCCACCCCGAAUCUAGGACGAUCGAGAAAGCGCGAGGAAAACUACGAAAAGGUCCAUCGUACAAAUUCUCUCGACGCCGAUGGUGAAGGUUGA